AUGCUAACGAUCGACAAUGGAGUAUUCGAGGUACUUGCAACAAACGGAGAUACCCAUCUUGGAGGAGAGGACUUUGACCAACGUGUUAUGGAGUACUUCAUAAAGAUGUACAAGAAGAAAACUGGCAAAGAUCUCCGCAAAGACAAUCGAGCUGUCCAGAAGCUUCGUAGAGAAGUUGAAAAGGCAAAACGAGCUCUGUCCACUCAACACCAAACCAAAGUUGAAGUGGAGGCAAUCUAUGAAGGCGAAGACUUUUCGGAAACUCUUACUCGCGCCAAGUUUGAGGAACUGAAUAUGGAUCUGUUCCGCGCAACGUUGAAGCCAGUACAGAAGGUCCUUGAAGACUCCGACUUGAAGAAGGACGAUGUGCACGAAAUAGUUCUCGUUGGAGGGUCUACCAGAAUUCCAAAGGUUCAGCAGCUCAUCAAGGAUUUCUUCAAUGGCAAGGAGCCUUCGCGUGGCAUAAACCCCGACGAGGCUGUGGCCUACGGAGCUGCUGUUCAGGCUGGAGUAAUCAGCGGAGAAGAGAACACAGGAGAUAUUGUUUUGUUGGAUGUCUACGAAGGAGAACGUCCGAUGACCAAAGACAACCAUCAGCUAGGGAAAUUCGAUCUUACCAACAUCCCUCCAGCUCCUAGGGGAGUACCGCAAAUUGAAGUAACCUUCGAAAUCGAUGUUAAUGGUAUUCUCCAUGUCACAGCUGAGGACAAGGGUACUGGAAACAAGAACAAGAUCACCAUCACCAAUGAUCAGAACAGACUAAGUCCUGAAGAUAUCGAGCGAAUGAUCAACGACGCUGAGAAAUUCGCUGAAGAUGACAAGAAAGUCAAAGAGCAGGUGGAAGCUAGAAAUGAACUGGAGUCAUACUCAUACUCGCUGAAGAAUCAAAUUGAUGAUAAUGAGAAGCUCGGUGGUAAACUCGAUGCUGAUGAUAAGAAGACUAUCGAAACUGCUGUAGAUGAGACCAUCAGCUGGCUUGAAAGCAACCGUGAAGCUUCAGUAGAGGAACUUCAAGAGCGAAAGAAGGAUCUGGAAGGUAAAGUACAACCUAUCAUUGGCAAAUUGUACAAAGACGCUGGCGGUGCUGGUGCUGAAGAAGCUGGCGGAACACCUACCGGAGAAGAAAAAGAUGAGCUCUAA